AAAUUUGGACAGCUUAUCGAGUCACAUCCAGCGAACCCCACACGUGCUUAUCUUGCGUUUCGAUCUGGUGGACCAUGGUCCAGGAGAACUAAAAUGAUUGACUGAAGUCAAGCUUUUCUAUUACCCGAUGGCCUCAAGUCGAAGCUCAUUCGGCUCCUUGCUUCAUAAAAAGCAUAACAAGCUCAGGCUUCCAGUUGAAGAGGAUAGCAUAACCAGGUGAACACGAUAGGUGGUGAUUAUGUAACAACUUAGUAAUAUAAUCACGUGUGGCCCAUCAACCUCGGCUGAUUGCGGCCCCGAUCUGGGGAGCCGACCGAAGCAUUCAUGAUGGUGGCUGGAGUUGGUAGCGUUCACUCCGCAUCGACUUUAGAUCUCUCUCCCUUCAAUCGCAUUAUGCUGAGACGAUGAGCUCGGCCAAUUUUGUCGCUGCCCAGCAGCGCGUUUUGGAACGCCGUCGACGACGCGAGGCCGAAUCCCAAGGCCGGCUCGCAGAUCAACAACGGUCUUCAGUGAUCAAUCAUCCCGCCGUGCAACGACUUCCCUACCCCCUGAAUACCCUACCGCAAUCAGGCUUCUCAUUAUGGGGUGCAAUCAAAGGUCGCGAAGGAACGAGGCCCGCCUUCCGUGUCGGUCAGGUUGAUGCAGAGCUCCUGGAUGAGGAGUUACUAGGCCUGCUGAAGGGACAGGUUGGGGAAGCGCUCAAAUACUUCGGAGCCCAUUUGCGCGACGACUGGUCGAAUGAAAUCCAACUUGCCCUUCGUGCGAUCCUCUUCAAACUCUCAAUAUGGGACCAUGAUGCUUCCUACGGCGCGGCUUUACAAAGCCUAAAAUACGUCGAUAGUCGCAGCAAAGGCCCUGUUUACUCGACUCCAACAAAACUGCAAAAGACAUUAUACGGACUCCUAACAGUAGGCGGCCGCUAUGCCUGGGACAAGUGGGAGAACUGGCUUAUUACCCAGGAAGGCGGCUACGAGGAGCCAUCACAGGAAGUUCGGUCGCUAGCACGGAUAACGAACCUCCUCUCCACUACGCACUCAAUUGCAGCAUUUGCAUCCUUCCUCGUUUUUCUCGUAAACGGUCAUUAUCGAACUCUAGUUGACCGCCUCCUCCGCAUGCGCCUUACUCCACCAUCCGCCCAAGCAAGCCGCGAAGUCUCAUUUGAAUAUCUAAAUCGCCAACUAGUUUGGCACGCAUUUACCGAAUUUCUCCUAUUUCUCCUUCCUCUCGUUGGUAUCACUCGCUGGCGGCGAUGGGUAUCCCGAGCGUGGCGCAAAGCAAUGUCCGCAAUCCGAACAAGCACCGACGACGACGACGUCAACGAGAAACAAGGCGAGCUCUCGUUCCUCCCGGAACGUACCUGCGCGAUCUGCUAUAAGGCCACCGAUGAAAACACAACAACAGAAAACGAAGUCAUGGCCUCAUCGGGGGGUAUCAGCGGCUCCGCCCACACGGAUGUUACGAAUCCAUACGAAACAGUACCCUGCGGUUGCGUGUAUUGUUUUGUAUGUAUAGUCCAAAAACUUGAAGGUGAAGAGGGCGAAGGCUGGGUCUGUCUGCGUUGUGGGGAGCUUGUCAAGAAAUGCAAGCCAUGGAACGGGGAUGUCCUUGAAGAGGCUCGUCGACCAUCGUCCUCGGGAAAAAUUGUUGGAUUUGCAGUAGACGAUACCCUCAGUAACGGUUCAGAGCAGGAUCACGAGGAUGCCGUUGAUGCGGAGUGAUCUCGAGGAACCGAACUUGCAGCAGCCCUAAAGAUGGGCAAUGUCGAGCGUUCGAAUGUUAAUUCUUUCUCUACACGGUCUGCGAGCCGAUUAUGUAUAUAUUUAUCAACAUGGACACAGGUUACUAAUGCAUAAAGCUCAGGUGGGUAUCUCUACUUUCCUCCAGCUAGACCAAGGUUGGACAUCGUCAUAAUCUGGUGUUACUGGUGUAUUAGAUUAGCAACGGUAUAGUAGCAUUCAUAGGUAGUAGGC